ACUAUGUCCUUUGUGAUUUCACAGAUAUCUCUUCAUUAGCCAGAUCAGACAUAUGUAAAGAGAGACAUCAGUAAAUCUGGAUCAUCAGGAUCAACUGUACUUUGCAGAUGGCUGAAAUUUCACCAUCACCUGUCACUCCUUUGUCUCCUACAGGUACUCCCAGGAGAGCCCCACAGGGAAGCAGAACAUGGAAAUAGAGUGAAACAAGUAAAAUGCUACUGUACAGAGUAGAAAAGAAGUCAUGUUUAAGAGGAGUUCUGGGAAAGGCUUCUUGGAGUUGGUGAUUCACAUGGAGAAAUUUUAAGAAAAUUUCAUCAGGUGAACUUGAAGAAAAGGCUGAUGGAAAAGAGAUAAAGGUGUGAAGUCACAGAAGUGUAAAAUACACACAUGUGAGUAAUCUGUGAAGAUUUGAAAGGGCCAAUGAGUAUUCUCAUCAUUGAGGCAUUCUAUGGAGGGUCCCAUAAACAGCUGGUGGAUCUGCUUCAAGAAGAGUUAGAACACUGUGUUCUUUAUACCCUUCCUGCAAAGAAAUGGCACUGGAGAGCACGGACGUCGGCUUUGUACUUCUCUCAGAAUAUUCCUGCCAGUGAGCAUUACAGGAUUCUCUUCGCAAGCUCAGUGCUUAACCUGACUGAACUGGCUGCCCUUCGGCCUGACCUUGGGAAAUUGAAAAAGAUUCUGUACUUCCAUGAGAACCAAUUGGUAUAUCCUGUCAAGAAAUGUCAGGAGAGGGAUUUCCAAUAUGGAUACAACCAAAUUCUCUCAUGCCUGGUGGCUGAUGUGGUGGUAUUCAACUCGGUUUUUAAUAUGGAGUCAUUUCUUACUUCUAUUGGAAAAUUCAUGAAGCUGAUUCCUGAUCACAGACCCAAAGAUCUGGAAAGCGUCAUCAGACCCAAGUGCCAAGUUAUUUACUUUCCCAUCAGGUUUCCUGAUGUGAGCAGAUUCAUGCCCAGGCACAAAGCAGCGCAUUUACAGAAGAUACCCAGCCUUAAAGGAAAUGGCGGUGUUGCUCCAUCCAUGGCCCUUCCUUUCCAACAGGAGCAGAGAGGUUCUGAGAAUUUAUUGAAGAAUUUUGAUUCAGAGUCUGGAUCCUGUGAUGCUGCACAACAAGAAAACCUGGGUGGCUCAGUAAGGCAGGAGUCAUACUUGAAAACAUUCAGCUCAUCAGAUAAUUCAAGCACUCAUCAUGGGGAACAUAAACAAAAUCCGUGUAACAUUUUGGCUGGAGCUGAUGAUCAACAAAGACCAUUGCAUAUUGUCUGGCCUCACAGGUGGGAGCAUGAUAAAGAUCCAGAGAGUUUUUUUAAGGUAUUGAUGCAUCUUAAGGACUUAGGACUCAAUUUCCACGUAUCUGUCCUUGGAGAAACCUUCACAGAUGUCCCAGGUUGGAAGCUGUGUAUUGUGGUUGUUACCCACUCUGUCCCAAAGAUUUGGUUUAUCCCGAAAUAUUUCCAGCUGAAUAUCUGUAUUCUACACCUGAACAGCUUUCAAAAAGGCUCCAGAAUUUCUGCAAGAGACCAGAUAUUGUAAGAAAACAUCUCUAUAAGGGUGAAAUAGCUCCUUUUUCUUGGGCAGCCCUACACGGUAAAUUCAGGUCUCUGCUUACAGCAGAACCUAGGGAAGAUUUGUGACAGAUGGGGCUAAGUCACAAACUUGCAGCCUAAGGCAGAAUCUGUAGAACUUUCCAGAGUGUGCCCAUAUUUACCUGAUCAGAGAGAAAAGAAAAUCUGCAGAGGAAGCUGAGCCUGGCUGCUUGUCAUAGCUGACACAGAGCCAUCUGCCACAAACCUGUGGCAGCUUCAGAUCUCCAAUCCCUGCCACCACCCCAACUCAAAUUAAAUACAGAUUCCUAGAGACGUUAUGAUGGUUACACAUGUCCUCGGCAUCACAUGGAGGAGACUGUUCAAAAAAAAUAUGUGGCCUGUUGUAUAACCGCACUCAUGUAUCCCAUAUGUGAUGCCACAUUGAAUUUCCGGUUGAAUCCGUUUUUAUCCUUUGUACUGGAUGACAUGGUGCCUGAAUUCUUUCUUUUUGCCGACACGAUGGCAGCCAAACUACAGCUUCAAACACUCUCACUUGGCUGGGUUUCUACCUAGGUUGCCAGGUUAUCAUCGGAGCCUUCUUGUGUCCUCAAAGGGCCACAGGGUCUGAAAGGAGGCUCAGAAUGCUACCAACUAAUUGGGCAGCCAUCUCAGAAAUGUUUGUGGGCAAAGGUCUGCUUUAGCACUUUUCUUUUAGCAAAUUAAUGACUCCCUGGCACAGGGGUUUUUAAGUGAAGGUAUUAAUAAGGGGUCUGGCAGGUAUUCCCAUGAUUCACAGAGUUACAUUUGCAUUUAAUUUAUCUUAAAGAAAAGUUGCAAGAUAAACAGCUGUAAUUCAGACAAACAUGGGAAAUACACUAAGUGGGGCCAUCUCAUCCAUAAAAUGAACACUGAGAUACUUGUUUUAAUUUUUUUCCAGGGAUAAAAAUAGGGAAACUAAAAUACUUCUAACAAAACCAGUAAUUUUGAUAUAAAUAUCCAUCAAAAGUAUUUGCAUCCAGCUACAAAUAUAAUCUUUUCAAGAUAAAUCACUUAUGAUUCCAAUAGUCAAGCUGCUCUAUUUGUUGAUGUCAAGAUGUUUUGAAUGGCUAGAUUGUAAAAUAAAUUUUUAAUAAAGUGCCCACUGCAAUUUUUAA